AUGACACUCCUUGGUGUUGCUGAAUUAACCUCAAAUGGAACCCAGUCCGUGUUUUAUUGCCCAAACAGACCAAUGUUGACAUGGGUUUUAAGUGACACGACCACAUUUUACAUUGCAUCGAUCACUACGUCUAUUGCUUCUCCUCUGACCAUUUUCUUAAACAUCGUAGUGGUGAUAGCCGUAUGGAAAACACGAGAGUUACAAACAAACUCCAACAUUUUGUUGGCCAGCAUGGCGGGAGCAGAUUUUUUAGUCGGAGCUGUAUCGAUGCCUUUAUGCAUUAGCUUGGACGUUUUACUCAUUCGUAAAGAAGUGAGCCAAGCGAUCUGUAAAAUUACUUUUGCAAAUCAGCUGGUGCUGUACGGUGCAGUUUUUUCGACUUUAUAUCAUCUGACAGUGAUUGCAUGGGAGAGGUACCUAGCUGUUGCAAAGUGGAAUCAGUACCAUGUAUUUAUCCGAAGAGCUCGUAUCAAGAAAUUGAUUGCAAUCGCAUGGAUCAUGGCAGUAUUGACCACGGCGCCUGUGCGUAUUCUUAAAGCUGCUGGUGUACAUAACAUCUUAGUAGAGGUCUUUUACGUUGUCUUUUGUUUACCGGCGUUGGUGUGCGUGUUCCUUAUAGGAUAUUUUUACAUCAGAGUUUAUCAAGAAGUGCGAAAGCUGGAACGAAGGGAAGACUCUAUUCGCCGCGCGCGGGUAAGGAUGAGGCACGAGGAUGGCAUUGCCAAAAGGACAUUAGCCAUAACAGUUGUCUCUUUCGUCUAUUUUAUCCCAUUGGUUAUCGUUCUUCUCUUUGGAAAAGUUGUGCCCUUUCUUCGUACAAGCUCCUCUUUCCGAUGGUCAGAGCUGGUUAUUCAACUCAACUCUCUUAUAAACCCUAUUUUGUACUGCUUCGUCCUAAACAAAAAUUUCAGGAAUGUGGUUUUACGAAUGAUGAAGAUUAAGAAGACCGUCGCUGUGGAUGUUACCACCGAGCGACUCAGUUCAAGACCAGCCGGUCGUCUAUCCCUGCAGUUGCUGAGUGUGCAAAAUUUCAACGAGGAGCAACGACGAAUAGGUCUCAUCUCGAAGGCUGAGUCGCAGGAUUUUUCUGCGGUUGUACCCGCUAAUGUNUCUUAUAAACCCUAUUUUGUACUGCUUCGUCCUAAACAAAAAUUUCAGGAAUGUGGUUUUACGAAUGAUGAAGAUUAAGAAGACCGUCGCUGUGGAUGUUACCACCGAGCGACUCAGUUCAAGACCAGCCGAUCGUCUAUCCCUGCAGUUGCUGAGUGUGCAAAAUUUCAACGAGGAGCAACGACGAAUUGGUCUCAUCUCGAAGGCUGAGUGGCAAGAUUUCUCUGCGGUUGUUUCCGCUAAUGUCGUCAACCAAACUGCUGAAAGCCGUCUUAUCAAUAACAAACAGCCAGUGGCUGAAAACAAUCCCGUUGCUUCACCGUCUGAAGUAAUUGUCGAGGUACAUGAACCUUCCGCCACUCUCUCUGGAGCCCCUCGAGAAGAGAGUCAAGAGACUGUUCAGGGAAAGAGCGCGGGCUCAUUUCCCGAACAGCGGCUGGUAAUCAAGCCUAGAACCCAGCCGCCUAACCGCCAAGGAAGAAAACACAGGCGAAUCAAACCAGGUGAUCUCCAGACUUUUCAAACAACUGCGACUCCAAUAUAUCAACCGGAAAACAAGUACAAUGUGCACCUUCCACACCAUGUCAAGUAG